CUUUCCCGCUCGCCAAUUCCUCUGAACUCGCCUCUCUUUCUCCAUUUCUGAUUAUAUUGUCUUAAACUUCUCCUGGUGAGAGACAUUGUGUUUUAGGCGCGGUCUGCUUCACGGCCGCCCAUCAUCACAAUGAGGCCCAUUUCCGCCCUCACCGCGCUGUGCGGGUUGUUUCUAUCAACCAGCAGCUUCGUAUGCGCCGAUUCCACAUCGUCAAGCUCGCCAGUCGCUCUUCCCAGCGAUUUCAAGCCCGCUCAAGUAUUCAAGAAUACCAACUUGGUCCGGAACACCAAUCUGGAGAAGAGCUACCUCCGUGAGACUAUCAAUGUCGUGGUCGAGAAUGUGGCCAAGCAAGCUCAGAGUGACUAUUACUUGGCUUUGCCAUCCGACCUCUACGAUAAGGUCGGAGUCCUCGAAGUCCGCGAUAAAUCAGCUCCGGAGAAGGGCAGGCUCAAUGUGCAAGCUACUGAAAUCGACCCAAGCAGGGAUCUCCAAUACUAUAUCGUUCACUUCUCUGAACCCCUGGCGCCCUCCUCUCAGAUCACUUUGGGAAUCUCUUACUCUGUCCUCAACUCUUUCAGCCCGCGCCCGGCCGCUAUCAAACAGAUGGACCGACAGUACCUCACUUAUUCGUUCUCUGCCUAUGCUCCCUCGGCAUACACGAUAGUGACGCAGAAGACCAAGCUCAAGCUUCCCAGCACUAAUGUCCCGGAAUAUACGACCACGGACUUGAAGUCGGGUGCGGACCCGGAGCGUCUGGGUACCAGCUACACGUACGGACCCUAUGACACGGCUCAGGUUGCGCCCGGUACUAGCUACCCGAUCGUCGUUCGCUAUGAGUUCACCAAGCCGGUCAUCACGGCUUCGCUGCUGGAGCGCGACCUGGAGGUUUCUCACUGGGGCGGCAACCUGGCCACGGAGGAGCGCUACUGGCUGCGCAACAAUGGCUCUGAACUCUUAGACCACUUCUCCCGCGUGGAGUGGACCCUCAGCAGCUAUCAGCAACUCCCCUCUUCCUCCAUCCGCGAGCUGAAGUACCCCCUGAAGCCCGGCUCCGUGGACCCUUAUUUUAUUGAUGAUAUCGGCAAUGUUUCUACAAGCCGCUACCGUCCCGGGAAGGUUCCCAGCCGGGACGCAUCAUUGGAGCUUCGCCCCCGGUUCCCCAUUUUUGGUGGCUGGAACUAUAGUUUCCGCGUCGGCUGGAACAACGAUCUCUCCACGUUCCUUCGUCGGGCCGUCGGCAGCUCUGACUCUUACGUGCUCAAGGUUCCCUUCAUCGAAGGACCCAAGGCCUCGGAGGGCGUCCAGUAUGAGAAGGUCGUUGUGCGAGUGAUCCUUCCCGAAGGCGCCCGGAACGUUCGCUGGGAGAUGCUGGACAAGGCUUCCAGCAAUGGACUUCCUAGCUCCAGCCAGAUCCAGGCCGAAGUGUCUGAGCACAAGACGUUCAUGGACACUCUGGGACGGACGGCAUUGAGCCUUACCGUCGAUGGACUGACGGAUGAAGCUCGUGACUCUCAGAUUGUGGUAACCUACGAUUAUUCCUUGUGGGAUGGACUGCGCAAGCCGGUGACUAUCACUGCUGGCCUCUUCACAGUAUUUGUAGCUGCGUGGGCUGUGGGCAACCUUGACGUGAGCAUCAAGAAGCGGUAGUCGUGAAGGAUGUAUGAUAUGAUCCAGUUCUUUGUACCAGACCAGAAUUG